UCAGCUUGUUACACUUUAACCGACGACCGUUUGUUUUCCGCUGACUCGGAUUUAAUCUGGUUUGAAAUGCAACUAUUUUGUCAUGGUGUGAAGGAUUUCGUCGCAGAUGCUCGUCGUGUUUAAACUGUGAAAGCUUCUGCUUCCACUUAGUGUUCUGCGUUAACAGUGUAAACGUCCUGAUCAAGUGCACAUGGAUUGUGAACAGACGUUCAUUUACAGAUUAACCUCAAAAGUCCUAAAGUCUUAACACUUUAAGGGUUAGGGGUCUUGGUACUACAUGUUCGCCAAUACGAACUAUUUCAAAUUACGAAAGACUAGCACAGUGGAAUUAGCAUUGGAAUUAACAUGUAUAACAAUUGGAUGUGCUCAUGUAUUCAGAUUAUAUCAAUUCUAGGAUUGAUUUAUUCAUAAUGUAUUCUGGAAAACGUCAUACAUGCCCAUCCCGAGUUACCACAGAGCCUAAAGAAAUGUAGCAGCAUAAAUACAGUAUACAAAUAGCCAUGCUUAGGGUUGAUUUCUGUUAUCAUACAGUUUGUCAAAUCAAGUCAGUUUUAUUUGUUUUCCCCUAAAUUACAACUUUACUGCAAAAGGCUUUGCAAUUUGUACAACAUAUAACACUCCAUGUCCUAAUCUUUUAGAGAUGCAUGCUAACCUCAUUUUCCCAUAACCGUUGCACAGGUUGAUGCAACUUAUUUGUUUUGUGCUUUCCUAAUGGGCCAACUCUCUAUUUUCUCUCGAUAAUUCAGUAACUUUACUGUUUACUUACAACUAGGUUGUGCAUUACAUGGCACCAUCAGAGUUAUCAAGCUCAGCAUCUAAUGAUGUAUAUUUUAUUCUUAACUGUGUGUAUGUGAUAAGCCUGUUGGUUACAGCAUCCGUGGAAAUGUAACCAUCAUGCAAAAAAGUCUUAAAGUUAUGACUACGACUGUUUAAUUUCACACUUUCCAGUUCUUAUUAGCGCAUCCUGUUAGUGAAGUUGUGAUGGCAUCUGACACCACUGAAGCAGCGUCCUCUACUCCAGACCUCAAGCUGCAGUUUGCUCCCUUCAGCAGUGCUCUGGAGGCUGGCUUCUGGCAUCAGCUCACUCAAAAGAAACUCAAUGACUACAGAUUGGAUGAAAGCCCCAAAUCUAUUAAAGGAUUUUACUACAACGGCGACCCACUUGGUUUGCCCACUCGCCUGACGUUGGAGUUCAGUGCAUUUGAAGUUGAUGGACCGACACCAGCCCGUUGCUGUCCAGCUACUGGAACACUGUACAACACCAACACACUCGAUGCCUUUAAGACCAUGGAUAAGAAGGCUCUGCUGGAGAAAGAGGCCAAAGAGAUAUGGGAUGCUAUACAGUCUGGGGCUGCAUUGAAGGACCCAUCCAUCCUCUGCAAAUUCAUUCUGCUGACUUUUGCAGAUUUGAAGAAAUACCAUUUCUACUACUGGUUCUGUUUCCCUGCACUCUGUUUCCCAGAGGGAAUAAAGAUCACCCAACAGCCAGCUGCCCUAGAGCAAGUUUUCUCAGCAAAACAGAUCACAGCCUUGCAGGAGGCCUACGACGUCCUGUGUAUCAAAAGAGGGACCACUGCUGAGCCGUACUUCCUCAUGAAGUACACAGCUGACACUGUUCAGAUGGCGCCACUCGAGGACUGGGACACGUUCGUUACUGAUACAAAGAAGGUUACUGUGGGCGUCUAUGAUCCGUGUACUCUGUCUCAACAUCCGGGCUGGCCUCUUCGAAAUCUACUGGUCCUCUUAGCCAGCCGAUGGGGCUCUAAGCUGGACACAGUGGAGGUGCUGUGUUUCAGGGAUCAAACUCUGCAAGGAAGUCGCUCCAUACAGCACAGCGUCGUCUUCCAGAUCAAACUACCUGCGCUUCCCCUCAACUCAGCGUGUCCUAAGAGUGUAGGUUGGGAGAAGAACCCUAAAGGGGCCAUGGGACCCAGGAUGGUCAACCUCAGUGAAUGCAUGGACCCGAAAAGACUUGCAGAGUCAUCAGUGGACCUGAAUCUGAAGCUGAUGAGAUGGAGGCUGGUUCCUUCCCUGGACCUGGACAAGGUGGUCUCCACAAAGUGUCUUCUACUGGGAGCUGGGACUCUGGGCUGCAAUGUAGCCAGGACUCUCAUGGGAUGGGGAGUGAGACGCAUCACAUUUGUAGACAAUGCGAAGAUUUCAUACUCCAAUCCAGUUCGGCAGCCGCUCUAUGAGUUUGAAGACUGUCUCGGAGGAGGGAAGGACAAAGCCACGGCGGCUGUGGAUCGACUCAACAAAAUAUUUCCUGGUGUGAUUGCAGAGGGUUACAUUAUGAGCAUCCCCAUGCCCGGUCAUCCGGUGGAUUUCUCUGAGGCCACUCUUUCCCAGGCUCAGAAGGAUGUCGAGCUGCUGGAGAAGCUCAUUUCAGAACAUGACGUGAUCUUCUUACUAAUGGACACCAGGGAGAGCCGCUGGCUACCUACGGUGAUAGCUGCCAGCAAGAGAAAGCUGGUGGUUAAUUCCGCUUUAGGCUUUGACACAUUUGUCGUGAUGCGCCACGGCCUUAAGAAGCCCCCUGCCAGUCAGAGUGUUUCUGCAGGAGCAGACUCCUCCACUUCCUGUUCUUCUGCUUCCUCUUCGUCCACCACACCAGCCGGCUCUGCGCCCUCUGUCCCAGCAUCCUCUCUGUUCUCCAACAUCCCAGGGCACAAGCUGGGCUGCUACUUCUGCAAUGAUGUCGUGGCACCAGGAGAUUCAACCAGGGAUCGGACUCUGGAUCAGCAGUGCACAGUUAGCAGACCAGGCCUGGCCAUGAUUGCUGGAGCCCUGGCUGUGGAAAUGAUGGUGUCCAUCCUGCAGCACAGUGAAGGAGGCUACGCAGUGGCAAGCAGCAGCGACGACAGAAUGAAUGAACCGCCCACCCCUCUGGGUCUUGUGCCACAUCAGAUCCGGGGCUUUCUUUCGAGGUUUGACAAUGUCCUGCCCGCAAGCAUGGCCUUCGACAAAUGCACUGCCUGCUCCCCCAUUGUCCUGGAACAAUAUGAGAAGGAAGGUUUCACCUUUCUGUCCAAUGUUUUUAAUUCUACCCACUCAUUCCUGGAGGACCUCACUGGGCUGACACUGUUGCACCAGGAGACGCAGGCAGCAGAGAUUUGGGAUUUGAGCGAUGACGAGAGCAUCUGAAGGACCGGAGGAUCGAACCCGCCGCCGCUGCCUCUGAAGGACGGAACGCUUCUAUAAUCCUUCCGUUUGUCUGGUUUUUGUUUUCUAAGAAUCGCACAUUUGUAUCGGAUGAGUGCAGACAAUAGACACACACACACACACAGAGACAACUCGAGUAAUCAAAACCAAACGCAUCUUGAGAAAAGUCUUAGUAACAGAGCAUUGACGAGGUCCAAAAACAUCUGAUUUAUUUUGCUGCUAAAGUAUUCAGUUUCAGUGAAAAUGCAGUUUUUUCAGUUAAGUUUGACUGAACAAAGUAAAUGUUUCACAUUGUGCGUCUGAAACUGUUAAAUGGAUAAUGUACCUGUUCCCAUUACCUCGUGUGUGUGUGUGUAAUCCGUCACAUUCACUCAUUGUUCACUGAUUGUUGUUGUCUGGAAAGGCCUCACUGAAUGUCCACAGGUUCGAGUCCUCCCAGUCGCUCCACCAACCAUCGGAUGGCUUUGCCGAGUCCUUUGCCGAGAUGCUGACAAACUGCAUCUGCUCGCUCAUUCAGCUCACUGCAGAUGAAUUAUGAAAUUACAAAAACGCAGUCGACUACUCGUCAAAUCCAUCCAUCUCCCUUUGUGUUUACUGUGAUGCGUUCGGCCCAGUUCAUUCUCAAACCAUCUUUGUUGAUGUGAAAGUAUAAAAGCUGCACACAGUUAUUACUGUGCAAGAGUGACUUCUGAUAUGGAAAUGAUUUAUUGUUGCUGCGGCCGACCCGGAGCCGACAGCUGCACCUUUCAUGUCGGAGAGCCCGUGGACACGGCGGCGGCGUGUUGGAGCAUGCUGCUGCUCCUACUCGGUGUGUUUGUCUCACUGAUCACUAGACAACGUCUCAACAGCUGCUUGGAUGUUUAUGGAAGACUAUAAGUGCAGCGUGUAAUUUUAAAAAAUCCUAUCUAAGAUUAAUUUAAGGAUUUGAGAUUUAAAAUUAAAAGUUAGAAUUGAGAGAAAUAUAUCUUUUCAAAAAUAAACCCCAGAAUCCAGACUUUAACUGCAGAGUUUAAAUAGAUUGAGACUUUCAUAAUUCACACUAUUCUCAGCUGUUUCAGUCACACUGUUGCUCUUCUGUAUGUAUUUAACCAAAGAAUGGAAUAAAAUGUCGCUUUAUUAA